CCACACAUUACUACACUACAUAAGCAAACAAUCACAUUGCUUUAAGAUUUCCUGUCUAGAAUUUGGUUUUCUAGCUACUUGAUUAGCUACUGUAACUGCUCCGAUAUCACAAUGGCUCAUCGGAAUAACAUUCUGGGCCUUGAACUGGCCGUGGUGCUGAUCGGAUUGCUAGCUAUGUCGCAGCCGUCGAUGCAGCUGAGCAUGAAACAUCCAUUUUAUGAUGUUAUCCGAAGAAUCAAUGAGGAUGGUUCUUUCUUUGGCCUUGUCCUUGUUUCCGACAGCAAUGAAAAGGCUCUUCUUGACUCAAACCUCUUUGUUCCGACCACCGAGCAUACCCCCACCAUUGUUUUGGCCGGAAGAACGUUCCAUAUUGGGUCGAUUAAAGGAGCUAAUGUGGUAUAUGUGAAGAGUGGGGAAGGAAUUAUAAAUGCAGCUGCAACAGUGCAAUUUCUGAUAGAUACAUUUGGAGUUCAUGGAAUUGUUCAUUUUGGAAGUGCUGGAGCAGUUGAUGAUUCAUUAUCCAUCGGCGACGUCGUUUUGGUCGGCCAAGUUGCCUAUACUGGAUCUUUGAAAUGGAAGAGUUUUGAGACAGAAAAGGGUCAGCUAAAAUUCGGAAGUUAUAAUUAUCCGGAAGAAGGAGAAAACUUAUUGGGAAGCUUAGAUUUCCAGCCAUCAACAUUAUACACUCCAUCAGGAAAAAAGAAAACCGUCUUUUGGCUUCCCCUCGAUAACUCGACCUGGUUCAGUAAAGCUUCGGAAAUGCAGAAUUUAGAGUUUGAACAAUGUCUUGAUACGACCAAGUGUCUGCCGAGAGCACCAGUUCUUGUCCCUUCACUGAAAGCUUCCACAGCUGAUUUAUACCUUACAAAUGUAGCAUUUAGAGAAUUUGUUCAUGACAAGUUCAAGGUCUCAAUUGUUGAUAAAGAAACUGCUGCAAUUGUUUUGGUAGCAAUUACGAAUGAGAAACCAAUAAUUGUGUUUAGGGGCGUAUCCAACACUGCAGGAGGAUCUACUGCUUACAAAAGUUAUUACUAUUUGGCAUCUAUCAAUGCUUUUAAAGCUGCUGCUGCUUUCAUCGGUACUCUCAGCAGUGAGACUCCAUCAAGGGCUACCUAUUGAUUGCUACUGUAAUCAUCCUAGAAAUGAUGGUGUUUUAAUGCUUUAAUGAAUAAAUUGGCUUUGGCCUCUAGAGUAUGACUUCCACUCUAUUUUGGA